UUUACAUUUACCAGCUAUAACAUUAUUCAGUUAAAAUAAAUCUUAAGUUAAAAUAAAAUAUUGGAAUUAUGGCAAAUUAUAAAGUUAUUUCUACCAUGGAAAAUGUCAAAUGGCCGGCCUAUGUCUCCACAGUAAUACUAGAAGGAGAACAAUUGGAAAAAGCCGAAAAAGUUUUAGAAAAAUGCCUUGUUACCCUAGAAGCAUAUGGAGGCCCCAACCUUAAUAUCGCCCUUUUAAAGUCAGCCAAAAGAACUGGCAUAUUUCUAUACGAAAUUGUUGCAGAUCUUAUAGAUGCUCAAGGUGAGAUUCGAGAAUGCGAAGCAAUGAUUCUAAAUGAACCCUGGAUGAAAGCUAAUAGUAUUGCUACUGCCACGUUUGAAUUUAUGGGUAACGCUGAUGGUUGUGGACCAGAAAGAUUGGUUAUGAAACGUAAGAAGAGUAUUCGUUAUUAUAAAGAUGAUGAAAUGAUUUAUGAAGAACAAAAGACUAUUAUAACCAAAGGCGAAGAGGAAAGAGGUAGAAUUGAAUUGGAAACUGAUGUUUGAGAGAUUUUAAUAAAGUUGUGUUAAUAAAAUAUGAUUUGUAAA